AUGAUUAUCGUUAAUCGGAGCCGUUUCUUCUUGUAUCCUUCACAACGCAGCUCGUAUUACUCGAUUCGAGCUAUGAAUCCUCAAAAUUACGGAUCUGUUACUUCUUGUAAACCCAAUUCCUUGAAAAGCCAACAUUCUCGCUCGGAUUCAACAAACCCAGUGUCGGAACCAGCCAAUGGAGCUUCUGGAUCGGAGACUCGAGUGUAUAUCCGGAAGAAAAGAGUAAAAUUGGAAGCUUUGGAGAAAGAUUCCGGCAAAGGAAUCAAUACCCACAAAAACAAUGUUGUGGAAAUUGCGAUUCUUUUGAUCAAGUGUGGUAAUAAUUUCAUGGGACAGCUAUGUGGAUUACCUGAUAUAGAAGAAUUUGCURUCAAAAAGAAAACUGGAUCUUCUUCAACCAGGAGAUCAACGGAAACUAGCAUCACUGUGACUUCAGUCAAAUCAGCAGGAAAUCCGCCUGAAAACUGGGUAAAAGUGUUAGAUGGUAUUCGUCAAAUGAGAUCUUCUGAAGAUGCACCAGUUGAUUCUAUGGGUUGCGAUAAAGCUGGAAGUUUUCUUCCUCCUUCGGAAAGAAGAUUUGCUGUUUUGUUAGGAUCACUACUUUCAAGUCAGACAAAAGAUCAAGUUAAUAACGCUGCAAUCCAUCGUCUUCAUGAAAACGGCCUUCUCACCCCUGAAGCCAUUGACAAAGCUGAUGAAUCAACCAUAAGAGAUUUGAUCUACCCGGUUGGAUUUUAUACAAGGAAGGCUACAUAUAUGAAGAAAAUAGCUAAAAUUUGUCUAGUGAAGUAUAACGGUGACAUUCCAAGUUCUUUGGAUGACCUAUUGUCGCUUCCAGGGAUUGGUCCCAAGAUGGCUCACCUGAUUCUGCAUAUAGCCUGGAAUGAUGUUCAAGGUAUAUGUGUAGAUACACACGUCCAUCGCAUUUGCAAUCGACUUGGRUGGGUGUCUCGACCAGGAACCAAACAGUUGCUAGAAAACUUCGACUCCAGAGGAAACAAGAGUAGCUUUGCAACAAUGGCUUCCAAAGGAAGAGUGGGUUGCCAUUAA